AUGUCUGCAUCGUGGAACAAGAAACGGGGCAUCUAUCCCUUCAUUCCAAACGAAAUAUGGUUGCUUAUCUUCGAGUUGGCCACUUGUGUGCCGGGAAUUUUUGAUCCAGACGUGCGCGACCCCUUCGACAUCCCUAUAGAUGCAAAUUCGCGUCUACUCGACCUGCGCUUUGAGCAGAGUCAUAUCCGAAAAUCCCUGCUCACUAAACGUCGCAUAGUACGGGUCUGCAAACUAUGGUGUGCCCUUGCUACGCCUCUCCUCUACCAAGCAGUCAUCCUCCGCCACAUGCAUUGUGUACACUCGCUGCAUUCCACACUAAUGCAACAAUGUGCGCGAGCUGAAGUUCCGCUCGGCUUUUGGGUGCAUCGUGCAGAUGUGAACCUGCGUUUCGACCAGGACAAGGGUGAUGGAAACGCAGAGGAUUUGUCUGUGCUCGCAGAAAUCAUUAGAUGUUUUCCGAAUCUUCGCGUACUUGCCGUCGCUUCACAGUUGUUCGCCCAUCCGAGCGGAGAUACCAUGGCUGAUCUCCUUUGUGUCGCGGUGGGUGCAAGUUGUAGCCCACAACUAUUGAAAUUAAUCUGGGCAUUCGAUAUACAUCCAUCCGAUUCCGCUUUCUCGGUUCUUUUAAAAAGGAUGCCACGACUGCGCACUCUGGUGGUGGGUCCAGAAGAUCCUCAAGCAGACUUUUGCCCCCUCGCCCUUCCUCCGCUUCCAGAUCUACGCUUUGUCACUGUAGCUCACAUGGUGGAGGAGGCCGAUACCAUGAUACUGGACCCCUUUCCUAACCUCCAACAGAUCCUUUUGAGAUGGGUUGCUGACAGCACCUUGGCCUGCCUGUCGGAUUUCCUACGGUUCAGAGCCCCUGACAUCACCACUGCAUACUUGUCAAUGGAUCUGGGACCCGCAGCUAUGAUAUGCUUUACUCUGGCAGAGAAUUGUCCUCGGCUCACUCGGAUCGUCCUUAUUGCAGAUCGGUGGUCGUCCAUCACGGAGAAUUACGACGGCUACUUCUUUUCUAACGGUGGUGGUGCUGGCGAUCUCAAUUCUGUGCCAUUUCUCCCACCCGUCACCCACUUGGGUCUUGCAUGCACACAGAACCAGGCCUCCAAUGUGACGUACCGGCGUGUCUUCGUAUGGUUAACAGAGCAUAUUCCGUCUUCACUGAAGGUCGUACGGUUUAUGAACCCAAAGGGGUUGAAGGACUUGCAUGAUCGGCAUUCAAAGGUGUUCACAGAGGGCCUUGCUAGUUUACCAAUACUACGGGUGGAGGAUCACCAAGGGAUUGAUCUGAGACUUGAAGCUGCUGUUGUCCCUCAGACGCAACAGUUCCUCAACACAGCAGUGCCUUGCAGGAUCGACAUUUUGAUGGUAUUAGUACAAGGUCUUUCGACCCUGGAGGGUGUGUGGGUGGAGGAUUGGAGGAGCACGAUGAAGACGAUUUAA